CGCCCUCCGCUCUUCUCCCGCAACCGGGUUCACCGACCUCUUUUUUUUUUCACAGCGCAGAAAUAUCUCCCCCCUCUCCCCUUUCGCUUCCACUCCCCCCAAAACCCAGCAACAACACCACAGCAGCAAGUAUCCCAAGAGAUUCCCUCCGCGAUUCGCCACUUGUCCGAGCGAUUCGACCCCCCGAUCGCGCGAAUCGAGUUCUUUGCCGCAAUCGGGGGUUCCUUUUCGACCAAAGGAAACUCAAUCGGGGAGUCCUUGGCUGCCGCGGGCCGAGUGAGUUCUUGGCGGCGGCUGGGGCCAUGGACCCGUCGGCGGCGGCCGCGGGCAUUGUGAAGGAGGAGCUCCUGGAGCAGCAGCCGCUUCAGGACGGCGUGGCGGGGGGCGGCCGGGACGCGCCGCGCCCGAUGGAGGGGCUGCACGAGGUCGGGCCCCCGCCGUUCCUGACCAAGACGUUCGACCUGGUAGAGGACCAGGCCACCGACGCCGUCGUCUCCUGGAGCCGCGCCGGCAACAGCUUCGUCGUCUGGGACCCGCACGUCUUCGCCGACACGCUGCUCCCGCGUCUCUUCAAGCACAGCAACUUCUCCAGCUUCGUCCGACAGCUCAACACCUAUCUAGAUGGAACAAGAUACUGGAUGAAGUACAAGCUAUGUUACACGGAUACUCCGAUACGGAUACGGAUACGCGAUACGGGCUUCAGAAAGGUCGAUCCUGACAGGUGGGAGUUUGCAAAUGAGGGUUUCCUCAGGGGUCAAAGGCACCUACUGAAGACAAUAAAGAGAAGGAAGCCGUCAUCAGCUGUGCCACAAUCACAUCAGCAGCAGGCUCCCGCUUCUUGCUUGGAGGUUGGUGAGUUCGGAUUUGAGGAAGAGAUUGACAGGCUGAAGCGUGACAAGAACAUCUUAAUCACAGAAGUAGUAAAGCUAAGGCAGGAGCAGCAAACUACUAAAGAUCAUGUGAGAGCCAUGGAAGAGAGGCUACGUGUGGCUGAGCAGAAGCAGGUACAGAUGAUGGGGUUCUUGGCAAGAGCAAUGAGGAAUCCAGAAUUCUUCCAGCAGUUGGUCCAGCAGCAAGAUAAGAGGAAGGAACUUGAGGAUGCCAUCUCAAAGAAAAGGCGGCGACCAAUUGACAACACUCCAUUCUACAGCCCUGGGGAAACAAGUCAGACCGAGCCGCUUGAUUCACAGUUCGUGUUCGAUUCGGGUGUGCUUGAUGGGCUCAGUGAACCUGGAAUGCCUGAGCUGGAGAAUUUAGCAGUAAACAUUCAAGAGCUUGGAAAGGGAACUACAGAUAGUGUAAAGAUGGAUCAAGCUAAUGGCCAAUCAGAGCUGAAUGAUGACUUCUGGGCAGAGCUGUUGAUCGAAGAUUUUGGAGACAAGGCAGGGCAGUCAGAGUUGGAGGCAAGACCCGAAGAUGUGGAUGACCUUGCUCAGCAAUUGGGGUAUCUGAGUUCUUCUAGCCCAAAGUAGAGUUGUGUUCGUAAUGGUUCACCUGACAGUUACUGGUGCAGCUUUCUGUACUAUUGCAGAUCAUCUUGAACUACCUGGUACACUUCAAAUUCAACGACAAACUGUUAGAAUAGCUGAACUUAGCGAGUAGUGACAUUUUGUUCUAUUCAUCUUGCUGGAAUAUGCAGGAGUGAAGAUUAGAGUAGUGGCGGAUCUUGCCGACGUGGCUGACAACUAAUGAUGAUAUAUAUUUGUUUUCUUCUUCAAGCUGUUCCCAUUUAUGUUUGUGCAAUUGCAUUUUCAAAUUUACUCCUCUGUUUUUCCUGCUUAGUGCUUACUCCUCUGAAGCAUUCUCAAUUGCUCCUUAUUCAGUUGACUGGUGGAGAUGUACGGCCCUUCUCAGGUGUUCAUAUAUGGGAGAUCAAGGGCAUAUAGAUACCACUACUUUGACACUGCUGGCUCAGUGCUGUGAGAGAUCCGUGAGGUCUUGGCUAACCUCUCCACGCUGACUGGCAAAUUGCUCCUAAUGACGGUGACUGCCAAAGAGGUCCUAUAGAAAGACCGACGAAGACAUACAGCUGUUAUCAGCUCUUAUCCGAUAGCUCCUACAGGCGGCGGAAGCUGUGGAAGUGCUCUACCGUAACAUACACCAGUCAUUGCACGUUGCAGGUGUCCUGUCGUGGACUUUGGUCAGGUUCUGGCAUUUGGGUUGUAGGUUGAGAGUACUUGAGUCACUUUCUAUGUGCUGAUUGCUGAAGACAUCCUUAGCUUGCUGUUGAACUGGUAUAAGCAUGAUGUUUUUGUUCACGCACCAGUGUCAUAAUCCUUGUACAUCAAGUUGCAAAAUAGGACCAAACUUGAACAAUAUAGUAUCUCCGUUUUUUCUUUCUUGAUGAUUCAAUUCUAUUCAUGUUUUUCUGGACU